AUGAAGGUGAUGGUACAGGGGACACAAGAGGUGAACACAUCACCGGAUCAAGUACACGCACUCGUGCAAGCGACCCUCCAAGAAGACCUACUCUUUGAUCUAUCCAAAAGCAUCCAUAUGCUUCCGUUCGAGGCCAGAAAAGACACGCAAACAAUAUUCUCCCACAUCCUUCGCUUUCGGCCGGUUUCAUAUUCAAAUGACAAAGAUCCCCCUGUCAUCUCGUGGCUGGUCCACAACCGACCAGAAGUUAUCGUUGAGUUAUGUCGUGGCUAUAUGCAAAGCCAGAGUGCCAUGCCUUGUGGGGUCAUUCUUCGAGAAGCAUUGAAAUCCGAUGUCGUCACCGCAAUUGUCCUCUAUGAUCAAUCUCGGGAAGGCGAACCGGCUAUCAGACUAUCGGAGGUAGUGCCGAAUCAUCCACAAAGCGGAGAUGGUGUGUUUUGGCAAUUCUUCGAUUGGAUCGACAAGAGCAACUUCGAAGUGAGCGCAGAUGCAUUCACGACAUUCAGGGAAAUUGUUACUCGCCAUAAGAGCCUUGUGACCUCAUACUUGGCAACCAACUUUGAUCUAUUCUUCGGGCGAUUUAACGACAUUCUUGUCCACUCGGAUUCAUAUGUGACCAAGCGGCAAAGUAUAAAACUUCUGGGAGAAAUUCUCCUGGACCGUGCGAACUACAAUGUCAUGAUGGCAUAUGUGGAGAGUGGGGACAAUCUGAAGCUCUGCAUGAAAUUACUGCGCGAUGACCGAAAAAUGGUACAAUAUGAAGGAUUUCAUGUGUUUAAGGUAUUUGUGGCCAAUCCGACCAAAUCCGUGCCUGUGCAACGGAUUCUGAUCAACAACCGCGAUCGCCUGUUGAGAUUCUUGCCUAAAUUCCUGGAGGAUCGAACCGACGACGACCAAUUUACCGACGAGAAGAGUUUCCUGGUCCGUCAGAUCGAAUUGUUACCUAAAGAGCCUGUGGAUCGGACUCGACCCGCUCGCGACUCGCCCGCUGCCAACACUACGGCUGUAGCCUGA